GAAGAAAGUAUGGGAUGGAGUAAGAACGACAAAAGUAAUGUCGUUUUGGAUGGGAUGAGAGAAAGAGAAAAGGAGGAACAGUAAACCCUCUCUCGUUUCUUCAAUUCAAUGUCGUCGUCGUCGUCGUCAGUGAAGUCCGUAGGAGCGGAUCGUGAAGAGCGAAACUGGAAGGAUCUUCCGCGAGACGUGCUAUGUACCAUUUUCCAGAAGCUCGGCGCAAUCGAAACCCUCACGCGCGCCCAGCACGUGUGCUCUGUAUGGCGCACCAUCUCGAAGGACCCUCUCCUGUGGUGCACCAUCGACAUGAGCAAUUCUGGCGACAUGGACUUGCAGUUAGGGAUCAUUUGCAGCCGCGCAAUUGACUACAGCUGCGGCCACUUGCUCCGCAUCAACAUCGAGCAUUUCGGCACCGAUGAUCUCCUACGCCACAUCACCGAUUCUACAAAUCGUCUACAAUGCCUACGUCUUGCACGUUGCUGUCGGAUUACAGACAAAGGAUUGUGUGAUGUUGCAAAAAAGCUUCCUCAGUUGGAGGAACUUGAUAUAUCAAUCAGCAACUUAACCAAGGAUUCUCUGGAAGUUAUUGGCCGAUGUUGCCCUCUGUUAAAAUCACUGAAAUUCAACAUGGAAAGUUACGGACGUGCACACAUUGAGUGUAAUGAGGAGGCAUUUGCUAUUGCAGGGACCAUGCCUGGGUUACACCAUCUCCAGCUUUUUGGAAACAAACUGACUAAUGAUGGCUUGCUUGCUAUUCUUGAUGGAUGUCCUAAACUUGAAUCUCUCGAUUUACGACAGUGUUUCAAUGUUAUCUUGGGGGGAAGUUUGAGUAAGAGAUGUUCUGAACAGAUAAAAGAUUUACGGAUUCCAUAUAAUCCCACUGAUGAGUAUUCCUGUGAAGCUGAAAUUGAUUAUGGAUCACUUGAUGAAGAUUACCCAUCUAUCUCUGAUAUGGAUUCCUUGUCUGAUGAUCAUUAUGAAUUUUCAGGUGGAAGUGACUUUUCUGAGUUUGAUGACUUCUGGAAAUUUUGAGGCAUUUCAGUAUGAGGAAAACUGAUGAGAAUAUUUCAUUUGCUCUUCAUUAUCUCUAAUAUUUCAGUUACAUUGCUCCAGUAAAGUAUCCUUGACCUUCUAAAGAUACUCAAUGCAGUGAUGCCGCCUUAGUGAAAUUGAUAGAUGGAGACCGGCUGAUGGUCUUGUACAUGUGUAGAUAGCUGAUCAUAAUCUCGAAGAUCAGUGAAAUGCAUUCACUUUUUGUAACUUGUAGUAAUCUAAUUUGUAGGAAGGAAUUUGGCUGGCUGAUGUUGAAAGUCU